AUGGCAGAUAAAUGGAACCAAACUGCUCUCUUAGUCAUUGACAUGCAGAAUGAUUUUGUACUUGAGGAUGGAUUGAUGACAGUGAAUGGAGGCAAAGCCAUUGUCCAAAAUGUGAUCAAAGCUGUUGAUAUUGCUAGGCAGCGUGGCAUCCUUGUCGUCUGGGUUGUUCGUGAACAUGAUCCCCAAGGGAGAGAUGUUGAACUUUUUCGACGGCAUUUGUACUCUCCUGGAAAAGUGGGUCCCACCACAAAGGGAAGUGUGGGGGCUGAACUGGUUGAUGGCCUUGUAAUCAAAGAAGGGGAUUAUAAGUUGGUGAAGACGCGCUUCAGUGCAUUCUUUGCUACUCAUCUUCAUUCAUUUCUUCGUACUGAGGGGAUUAAGAGUUUAGUAAUUGCAGGGGUUCAAACUCCAAAUUGCAUUAGACAGACUGUCUUUGAUGGAGUAGCUCUGGAUUACCAACCUGUUACUGUUAUUGUUGAUGCCACUGCUGCUGCUACACCUGACAUACAUGUUGCCAAUAUUUUUGACAUGAAAAAUAUAGGAGUUGUGACCCCAACAUUGCAGGAAUGGUGUGGUUCUGACGCCCUGCUCACAUCAUGA